AUGAUCAGCUGGCAAAGGCCGCCGACCGAUUGGUUUUGCCUUAACACCGAUGGCUCGGUGGCGGGAGCUCAGGGAAGUACGGCAGGGGGGGUGAUCAGAGACGAAGCGGGACGGUUUGUGAGGGCUUUCUCAGCGAACCUGGGGGCGGGAUCCAUCACUUAUGCUGAGCUUGCAGGUAUCGCUUUUGGACUUCGGUUGGCCUGGGACGAGGGAUGCCGCAAGGUGAAGGUUCAGACUGACUCGGCCACAGCAGCCCAACUCAUCCAUGAUGCUACGCCAGGUCACAUCCACUUUGUCCAGGUGGCCACUAUUCGAGAGCUCCUAGCCAGAGAGUGGGAGGUGCAGAUUGACCAUGUUUUUCGAGAGGGUAACGUUGUUGCUGAUUACCUUGCUUCAGUUGGCUAUAGCUUACCAGUGGGGGUUCAUGUGUUUGAAAAUCCCAGUCCGUUGUUGAGUCGUUGGUUGUACUUUGAUCUUUUGGGGGUCCAAACCCCUCGUUCAGUUAUCAUAUAG